AGAUCUGAAGAGGUCGCUACAGUGGGCUAAUGUUUUGCAAAUGUGUAGAUUCAGCAAGAAUCUGAGUCCCCAAGGAAUCCAUCUGUCUGCUCUACAGUAAACAGCGCACACAAGUCACACAGAAGAUUGUACGGCUCCAUCGAGGCGCCUGCAUUCAUAGACUAUUUAACAAUGACCACAUCAUGGAGCGACCGCUUGCAGAACUACGCCGACCUGCCUGCCAACAUGGAUGGAGUAGCUCUGAAGAAGUAUACGCGUGAGGCCCACCACAGCUUUCCACGGGAGCUGGCUCAUCCAGCCAUGAGAGUGUUUGUGAACAGAAGCUUGGCUAUGGAGAAGAUCAAGUGUUUUGGUUUUGACAUGGACUAUACUCUUGCAGUAUACAAGUCCCCUGAGUAUGAGUCAUUGGGAUUUGACCUGACUGUGGAGCGUCUUGUCUCCAUUGGAUAUCCUCAAGAAUUACUAAAUUUUGUCUAUGACCCUACCUUUCCUACCAGGGGCUUGGUUUUUGACACCUACUAUGGAAACCUGCUCAAAGUGGAUGCUUAUGGCAAUAUCCUCGUCUGUGUGCAUGGAUUCAACUUCAUAAGGGGACCAGACAUCAGAGAGAUGUAUCCUAACAAGUUCAUACAGCGUGGAGACACUGAUCGCUUCUACAUCCUCAACACACUUUUCAACCUCCCUGAGACCUACCUCUUUGCCUGUUUGGUGGACUUCUUUAGCAACUGCUCCAGAUACUCCAGCUGUGAAACUGGCUUUAAAGAUGGAGACCUUUUCAUGUCAUUCAAGAGCAUGUUCCAGGAUGUUCGAGACGCUGUGGAUUGGGUUCAUUUCAAGGGAUCGUUAAAAGAGAAGACUGUUGAAAACCUGGAGAAGUAUGUGGUCAAAGAUCCAAAGCUUCCUCUUCUCCUGAGUCGCAUGAAUGAAGUCGCUAAAGUUUUUCUGGCCACCAACAGUGAUUACAAAUAUACAGAGAAAAUUAUGACAUAUCUUUUUGACUUUCCUCACGGACCAAAGCCAGGGACUCCACACAGGCCUUGGCAGUCAUAUUUUGAUUUGAUCUUGGUGGAUGCUCGCAAACCUUUGUUUUUUGGAGAGGGGACAGUGCUGCGCCAAGUGGACACAGCUUCAGGUCGUCUAAAGAUUGGAACAUACACCGGGCCACUGCAGCAUGGCAUUGUCUACUCUGGAGGUUCCUCAGACAUUGUGUGUGACCUACUGGGAGCCAAAGGAAAGGACAUUAUUUACAUUGGAGACCAUAUUUUCGGUGAUAUUCUCAAAUCUAAGAAGCGCCAAGGCUGGAGGACCUUCCUGGUGAUCCCAGAGCUUGCCCAGGAGCUUCAUGUUUGGACAGACAAAAGCUCUAUAUUUGAAGAGCUUCAAUCUCUGGAUUGCUUCCUCGCUGAUCUUUACAAACAUUUGGAUAGCAGCAGUAAUGAACGUCCAGACAUCAGCUCUCUUCAGAGACGCAUUAAGAAAGUGACUCAUGACAUGGACAUGUGCUACGGAAUGAUGGGCAGUCUGUUUCGCAGUGGAUCCAGACAGACCCUAUUUGCAUCUCAAGUUAUGCGCUAUGCCGAUCUAUAUGCAGCCUCCUUCAUCAAUCUGCUGUAUUAUCCCUUCAGUUAUCUGUUCAGAGCAGCACACGUAUUGAUGCCUCACGAAUCAACAGUGGAGCACACCCACGUCAGCAUCAUGGACACAGAGUCUCCCCUCGCCACAAGAAACCGCCAUGAGUUGGACCUACGUGAGGAGUGUAAGCGGCACCAGUUGACCCGCUCCAUCAGUGAAAUCCAGCCUCCGCACUUCUUCCCCACGGCACCCCAAGAAAUUACACACUGUCAUGAUGAAGACGAUGACGAGGAAGAAGAAGAGUAGAUAGCUGAAAGCAUUAUUAUUGAACUAUAACCAUCCAUUAAAAUGAACUUUCUUGCCCUGAUAUGAGGCAGCAAUGGCAUGUGCAGUAUUUUCGUGCUGUUUCUAUGUGCCAUAUCCACUGUAUCUACUGUGACAGUGUGUCAUUUCACACAUCUGUAAGUUCAUAUUUCUUUUACAUGUAAGUUUUUUAUGUCUAAAAAUAAGGCAAAGAAGUUAAUUUCUGUUUCAAACAAACCUUUUUACAAUUUUUGUUUGAAUUUUUAAAUAAUUUCACUAUUUAUUUUUAUUGGUCCAUGUUACUCUCUUUGCAAAGUAAAACUAUUGUUAUGCAGAGAAUGUCACAUGCUGUACUAUUUGCACAUUGCAUUGUACGUGUACAUAUCUGUUACUUGACCUAUGUCUCUAUUUCGCCACAGUCGCCGCUACUGUUUCUGUAAAAGAGGUCUUGAAAUGUCUGUAUUUUUUGCCAAAAACCUAGAUGAAAAUAACUGCUUUAAAAUACUGUACUUCUCGUAUGUGUUGUUGCAAUAAUUUUGCACCCUGUCUGCAGUCCUUAGAUUUUGCUCUUGGCAUUGUGCUUGAUAAGAUCACUGAAUGAAUGUAGCUAGGGGCAUCAUGCUAACCUUUAGCCAUUAAGCUGCUUCGGUUACUGUUUGUGCUGCUGAACUGUCUUACUCCUGACUGAUGUGAAGAGAAUAAAUAAGCUUAAAAUA